ACUGGUCCAAAGUCACCGUUAAGGGCCAAAACACGGUGGGUGACAUGGCAGAUUGGACCACGUUAAGGUGACGGUCGUGUUAAUAUUUAAAUUAACCGGCAGGACAUGCCAGCGUUUGUAUCAGCAUCCUCUCAGAUAAAAUGGCGUUGUUGUUGUUGCCGUCGUCUCUGCUCUUGGCCCUCGUUUUCCUCACAUCAGAAGUGACCCUCUGCACAGGAAGCAACAGAUGUGUUGCCAGAAAUUUUGGCCACGACUCUGUCGUGUGUGAGUGUAAUUCAACCUACUGUGACAGCGUCGGUUCAGUCACCUUGCCUCCUGCGGGCCAGUAUGCCUCCUACCUGACCAGCAUGGCCGGCAGCAGACUAGAAGCAGGCCAGGGUCAGGUCCAGGUGAACAGCACUGGGCCAGGCCUCAGGUUGACUAUUGUUCCCUACCAGAAGUACCAGAGGAUCAGGGGAUUCGGUGGCUCUAUGACGGACGCAGCAGCCAUUAACAUCCUGUCUCUUUCUGCUGGUGCUCAGGACCAGCUGCUACGACAGUACUUUUCCCCUGAAGGUAUUGGCUACAGCGUGGUGCGUGUGCCCUUGGCCAGUUGUGACUUCUCCACCCGUCUGUACACAUAUGCUGACACACCUGGAGACUACAACCUGGACAACUUCACGCUGGCCCCUGAGGACGUCAACAUGAAGAUCCCUCUCCUGCAGCGUGCUCAGGCCUUGUCCCCUUGCCCUCUGUCUCUCCUGGCCAGUGCCUGGAGCGCCCCCGCCUGGAUGAAAACUAACGGUGCACUCAUAGGAAAGGGCUCCCUGAAGGGCCAGCCAGGGGGCAAGGAGCAUAAGACCUGGGCUCAGUAUUAUAUCAGGUUCCUUGAGGAAUAUGCUAAAUAUAACUUGACCUUCUGGGCAUUAACCACAGGGAAUGAGCCCUCUGCAGGAAAGAUGACAAACUACAGCUUCCAGGCUCUGGGCUUCACUCCUGAGGAGCAGAGGGACUGGGUGGCUCUGGACCUGGGCCCUGCCCUGCAUGCUUCGUCACACCCGCACACACACAUACUCAUACUGGAUGACAACCGCCUGCUGCUGCCCCACUGGGCUAAAGUGGUCCUUAGUGAUGUUCAUGCAGGAAGGUACAUUCAUGGUGUGGCAGUUCACUGGUACAUGGACAAGCUUGUCCCAGCUGAGAUAAGCCUUGGAGUCACCCAUCAUCUCUACCCGGAGUAUUACCUGUUCGGAACAGAGGCCUGUUCUGGCUGGAGCCCACUGGACAGAGGGGUGAAGCUGGGUAGCUGGAACAGGGCUGAACAGUACGCACAUGACAUUAUAGAGGACCUAAAUCAUUAUGUGGUGGGUUGGACUGACUGGAACCUGGCGUUGGACCAGACUGGUGGACCAAACUGGGUUAAAAACUUUGUCGACAGCCCUGUUAUAGUGGAUGCACAGCGUGAUGUCUUCUACAAGCAGCCGACCUUCUAUAGCAUGGCCCACUUCAGCAAGUUCCUGUGGGAGGGGUCUCAGAGAGUGGGCGUGUCAACCAGUCAAGAAACACACCUGGAGUACUCUGCUUUUAUCAGAUCAGAUGCCUCAGUAGUGCUUAUCAUACUUAACAGAUCAUCAUCAGUGAUCCAGUUUGAGGUGUGGGAUCCCGCUGUGGGCUACAUCCCCUGCACUGCUCCGGCUCAUUCAUUGCUCACACUUGCUUGGAACACGCACUAAUUACGACAAGUUUACAAACGCUCGUUUGAGCUGAACCACAUUACAGAUAUUUCUGUUCAUUUCAACAGAUAAGCUUAAGUUUGGAAUGUCCACAUUGCCAAAGCAGGUCUUACUUUCAUAUUAACUGGUGCAAGAACAUGUUUAUCUACCAUGCUUUCCUCACAGCUGUUGUGAUUUCAAUUUCACUUAAAUUAAGUUCAACUCAUUUAAUUGUCAUCCAAAAUCCUAAAAUGCUUAUUUUAUCUUACCAGGAAUAUUUCCUGACAGUAAUGAAUGUAUCACUUCACCAGAAUGACCUGUGCUGAAGGGAAUCUGGUGCCUUGAUUUCCAGCUAAUGAGAUGCUUGAAGUGUCCUCACCAUGUCAAGUUUCUGAAAAAUAAUAUUAAUAAUAAUGUACAUAAUUUGUAAAUGCCAUCUGCUGUUGCUAUUUAAUGUUUUAAUUUUAAAUAAAGCACAUAUU